CCAAAUAUAUAUGCGCCACACAAAUCUAAUGGUUUGUGUGAGGGCUGUAAUACUGCCCGGGUGCCUAAACCGAAGCAGGGAGAGUGAGAAUGUAACUCAAUAAAUAAAUGUUCUAUCGUUUACUAACUUCAACUAUACCUACCAAAUUGGAGAGGAUUUGAUAGUAAUAAUAUCAGAGUAAUAAUUGAGCUGAAACAAGCUAUACAUGAUCUCAGACAAACAACUGCGCUAUCGAUGAGAAUGCUGACCGUAUAUACACUGAAAAAGUCAAGAAUGUUCAACUACUAAAUAACAUAACACAGAAAAAUUGAGUCACAUUUUUACGUAUUUUGUGUUCUCUAUCUCAUCAAAUCCUCAUUGCUAUGUAUUUAAUACCCCCUGGUAUUAAUGAUUGUGUUCAAAUAAAUAAAACAAAUAAUUCCAUUAUAUAGUUCGUGCUGUUUUCUUAAUCCUUGUUUCUUUAUUCAGAGAAUUGUGCAUUCAUGACGGGAACAGUGGAAGCUGGGAAUAAUGAGUCGGAUGAAUCUGUUGAGGCAUGGUGGGAGAGUUUUUUAAAGCAAAAGCUUGCUGAUGACGAGUUAGAUGUAGAGCUCCGGUCUGCAUGGGAGAACUGUGUUCAGAGACGAGCUAAAUUUGCUCAAGAAGUCAAACGAAUAAUGGAGUUAUAUCAACCAAUAGAGAAGUUACUUAACUCUACACUUAAAUCCGAUCGUGAACAACGAGGUCAAAGUCUCUAUAGAGAAUGGGGUAAAAUACGUCGAAAAGAAUGCCUUCUAGCUUAUUACGAUAAUGACACAUUUCGAGCUACUUAUACUAGACAACGUUAUAUAAAUAGUUCUACAAGUUUCCUUCAGGCUUUAGUCUAUCGAAUUAUACCGGAAAAUCCAGAUGUUGAAAUUUAUUUACGAGAUCAUGUUAGUCGUAUAAUUAGUAUUGGUGUUGGUCCCGGUCCAGAUAUAGCUGCCUAUUUGGCAUAUGCACGUUGUCGUGGCUUCACUCAACGUAUUGUUUAUUUUGCCAUUGAUCAAUGUGCUGGAUGGGGCAAUUAUCUAGCUGCUUUUGAUCGUCAAUGGUCAUCUGAAUAUCAAGUGUCUGUUUGGUUUAAAAGUUCACGUUUUAAUAAUCGGGAUGAUGUAGAGACACUACCAGAUGCAGACAUGGUAGUAUUUAGUUUUGCUAAUACAGCUCUUAUGGCUAGUACUAUUUGGCCGUUGUUACAACAGCGUUAUCGAUUCAUCAUUGUUUUAGAUGGAAUUAAAGAGGUUGUUGUUGAUAGUUUCUUGAAUGCUGGAUAUAAAGAUAUUACUCUUACUGAACGAACAAAAGUAUAUUAUCAUUUUAAUGGAAUCUUUUCAAUUGAUUCAUCUACAACAUCAGAUCAUGUUGUAUACAAUUAAAUUGUAUUCUUCUUUCUUUCUUCUUUCUAUUUUUUUUGUUUGUUUACUUUUGUUUUUCUUUUUCUUUUUUCUACAAUUUCUCAUUGCUUUUAUACACAUUAUUUUGUAUGAUAGUUUUAAAUGGAACAACUGCCUUUAUUUUUUCUUUUAUGAAAUUUCAUUGUUCUCUCCUCUUUUGUUUUGUUUUUCUUCUAUCAAUUUGAUAUUUCUACAUUUGUCAUCGUCAAGAUGUGGAAAUCUUAACGAUGGUCAAUAUUUUGCAUAAAAUAAACAUUGUCGUACACAUUUAUAUUUUGAUUCUAUAACUUUAUAUAUAUAUAUAUAUAUAUAUAUAUAUAUAUAUAUAUAUAUAUAUA